CUUGUGAAGUGAUGACUUAAAGUUGAGGAUUGUGAAGCAACGACUUAAACUAAGAGCUCAGAAACACCAAGUCUCAUUUCCCUUAUCACUCUUGCGCAUUAUAUCAAUUUUCCAUUCAUUUACAUCGACAUUAAAUGGUGGAAAUAAAGGAAAAAAAGUAACUAAAAAGCCAUGCUUAAUUGCCGUAAUUAUAUUAAGUACUCAUUUUUCUCUUAUGCUCUCAUUUCGAGAUAAUUAAAGACUAAGUGCAAUUAGAAAUUGACUUGAAGUAUUACGACAUAAGACGUAGUGGAGAAUAUGCAACAGUUCCACAGAUGUUUCCACUCAAAUAAAUACAAUGGAGCUGCAAAACGAUGGAAUUUUACGGAUGCAGGAUGUUUCGCUUCUUCAUUGCUGUUGUUUUGAUAGCCUGUAGCUUAGCAGCAACAAUUCCUGAUGCCACAGAAACGGAGGAAUUCAAACAAUGGUCAGGAAGAAUUGUUGGUGGACAAGAUGCAGCUAUUGGGCAAUUUCCAUAUCAAGCUUCAAUGAGAAGUGCUGCAAAUGCUCAUUUUUGUGGUGGAUCAAUUAUAAAUCGUCGAUGGGUUGUUUGUGCAGCUCACUGCACAAUAAAUAGACUUGUCGCAAACACAGUAAUUGUUGUUGGAGCUCACAACAGAAUAACCGGAGGAAUUACACAUCAAUCUGAACGUAUUGCAAAUCAUCCACAAUAUAAUUCAGCCACAACUGUAAAUGAUGUCUCACUGGUUCGAUCAGCUACAGACAUUAUUGAAAGUGACGUUGUUGGAUUCAUUGACAUUGAACCAGCACACAUCAAUCAUCAUUUCCCAUCAUUUACUUCAGGUUGGGGUCAAACAUCACAUCCCGGUAGUGCAGCUACAGUUCUCCAAUGGCUUACUGUUGAAGUAAUUCCAAACGAUGAGUGCCGAUCACGUCUUUCAACAGCAAAUGCAGCAAGAAUUGCUGACUCAGUCAUUUGUGUCUCAUCAGCAAAUGGUCAAGGAUUGUGCUUCGGUGAUUCUGGUGGUCCAUUGACUGUUAAUGGACGCCUUGUUGGUGCUGUUUCUUGGGGUGUUCCAUGUGGUACUGCUGCUCCUGACAUGUAUGGACGUCUUUCAGCAGUCCAUGAUUGGUUGUUGUCUGUAAUUGAUAUUUAAGUUAUUGACUUGCCAAAAAGUUAAAAAAUUGUAAAAUAAAAAAUAUUCUAGAUAGAAAAUUUCAAUGUCAUCAUGCCUAUAUAGUAUUUUUGAUUAUUAAGC